CCCGGAGUAAAAUUUCUUCCUGUUAUCUUUAGUUGACUUGAAAACGUCCACGGGACACCAGUAACGACCAGAAAGGAGGAGUCCAUGGCCGCGAGAAUGUCGAAGAACAAACAGGGCGGUUUCAACCAGCUGAAGUGGUUCCUCCACUCACCGACAACUCGGUCGCUUAAAACCUUAGCCUACGAAGAGGUCCGAUCUUCAACAGACAAACACUACACUUCCACAGCUUUCAUUCUCCAUGGCCUCCUUGGAUCGGGUCGUAACUGGCGCUCCUUCUCUCGUAACCUCGCCGCCACUCUCUCCACCACUUCUCCUUCAUCCGAGUGGAGAAUGGUGCUGGUGGACUUGAGGAACCACGGGCAGUCAGUGGACAUAGAGGGACUGGCUCCGCCGCAUAACAUGGCUAAUGCUGCUAAUGAUUUGGCUAAUUUGGUCAAAGCGAAAGGUUGGGUUUGGCCUGAUGUUGUAAUUGGCCAUUCCUUAGGUGGUAAGGUCGCCUUGCACUUCACCCAGAGUUGUGCUCGUGGUGAAUAUGGUCAAUCCGCUGCAUUGCCCAAACAGCUGUGGGUAUUGGAUUCUGUUCCUGGAGAAGUGAAGUCUGAAAACAGUGAUGGUGAAGUAGAGAAAGUUCUGCAGACCUUGCAAAGUUUACCUUCACAAGUCCCAUCUCGAAAGUGGCUCGUGAACCACAUGAUUAAUCUUGGGUUCUCCAAAUCAUUGUCAGAGUGGAUCGGAAGCAACCUCAAGAAAUCUGGAGAGCAUGAGACAUGGGCCUUUAAUCUUGAAGGUGCUGUCCAGAUGUUUAAUUCUUACAGGGAGACUUCCUAUUGGCCUCUGUUGGAGCACCCUCCACUAGGGAUGGAGAUAGAUAUUGUACGAGCAGAGAAGAGUGACAGAUGGCAGCCAGAUACUAUUCAGCGGCUUGAAGGCCUUGCAAGUAGAGUAAGAGAUGGAACGGAGGGUAAAGUUUCCAUGCAUGUUCUUCCCAAUUCAGGCCAUUGGGUUCAUGUGGACAAUCCGAAAGGACUUCUUGAGAUUCUGGCUCCCAAUUUAGUCUCUAUUUAACCAUAUUUUAGUUUAACCAUCAGCAAAUAUAUAGAUAGCAUUUUCCCAUGUUGAUUUAAUAUCCUAUCUUUAUUUCAUCAUAAAUUCUUGUUCACCCUGCGUCAGGACUAGGUACUGAAUUUGUUGAAUGAUCUGGUGAGUUGCCUUUUUUUUAACAUCAAAUAUCUGUUCACUUUCUGGGUU